AUGGCUAAUGUUACCACUGCCGCCGCUUCUGCCGUAAGACUCGAGUCCCCGCCUCCACGGUUUCUUUCCGUAGGCGGGGUAGUGAAUAUCCGUGAACUAGGUGGUCACUCGUGCAAUGGCUUAUCUCCUACUCCUGCCUCAAAAAGUUCACCGGACAACAAACUGGAGGUGACCCCUCGGGGUAGCGACGACUUGCGCAUUCGGCCUGGAUUUCUGUUUCGAUCGGCUCAGCCGUCACAGAUUACCCCGGCCGGUAUUGAGACAUUGAUACACGAGCUUGGUAUCAAGUCGAUUUUUGACUUUCGUUCCCAGACGGAGAUAGAGCUUGUUACGACUCGCUACCCCGAUUCGCUACUUGAAAUACCUGGCACGACUCGCUAUUCUGUACCAGUUUUCAGAGAAGGCGAUUUCUCCCCGGUGUCGUUAGCGAAGAAGUAUGGAGUGGCUUCCAAUAAUACAGCGGAUCCAACAAAUGCCAAGCCAGCAGGAUUUGUUCAAGCAUAUGAAGCCAUUGCACGCAGUGGAGCAGAGAAUGGAAGUUUUCGUAAAAUAACAGACUACAUAUUACGACAUCCGGACCGGCCGGUCUUGUUUCACUGCACAUUGGGAAAAGACAGAACCGGUGUGUUUGCGGCACUGUUGCUAAAACUCUGCGGCGUGCCGAAUGAUACAGUGAUUGAAGAUUAUGCUAUCACGACCGAGGGCUUAGGAACGUGGCGAGAGCACCUUAUUCAGCGAUUGUUGCAAAGGAAAGAAGCUGUGACUCGCGAGGAUGCGGAAUUCAUUAUUGCCAGCCAGCCAGAGAAUAUGAAGUCUUUUCUGGAGGAUGUGGUGAUGACCAAAUUCGGAGGUGCUCGAAACUAUUUCAUUCAAUAUUGUGGGUUGACGGAGGAUGAAGUUGAUACUGAUUAUAAUCUUGAAAUCCGUGGAGUUCAGCAAAAAGCACUUUCGAUCUUGCAAUAA